ACCAAGGGGAAAAGAAAAACUGGUAAUUCCUUUAUUUCUUCAACUCAACGAUUUGAUGGGGUUUGAUUCUUCUUGCAAUCCUCUUUCACACUAAAUCCACAUCCUGUUCUCCUCUGAUUUCUCUUUCCCUUUCAUCGGUUUCAGACCUCCUGCCUGCUCUGUUAACUCGGAAAAUUUUACAAGAGUAUUGCAAGGUUGAAGGCCAUCGGAAUUCUGUUUGUUUUCUUCCGAUUCUGUUCAGUUUGACAUUUGGAAUUGAUCAGAUUCCGGGCGGAUUUGGGUUGAUUGGAAGACUCUGACACCUAGGUUUCCAAUUGGGUCCUCGUUUGGAAAAAGGACUCGCCGAUCAGUCCCCCGGGCUGGGGGGUGGAGGUGGAGAAAGAUGAAGGAUUUGAUUGGGGGGCCGGGGACGAAGAGUGGGCUAGCAUUGAGGAUUGGUCAAUCCGCAUUUGCUGCUGCUUCAAUAGGAGUUAUGGUUUCUGCCUUGGGUUUCUCUGGCUUCACUGCUUUCUGCUAUUUGAUUGCAUCAAUGGGCCUUCAAGUGCUUUGGAGCUUUGGACUUGCAUGCCUUGAUAUGUAUGCUUUGAGGAGAAAAAGAGACAUUCAAAACCCAAUAUUAGUCAGCCUGUUUGUCGUUGGUGAUUGGGUGACAGCCACUUUAUCCCUUGCUGCUGCGAGUUCGUCGGCAGGGAUUAUUGUUCUAUAUGCCAAAGAUUUGGACGUCUGCAAGUUCCAUAAAAAUCUUCCUUGCAGCAUGUUCCAGAUCUCCAUAGCUCUUGCUUUUGUUACCUGGGCUCUUAUUGCUAUGUCAUCACAUGUCAUGUUCUGGAUUUUAUUAGCCUCAGUCUAGAAAACUCAUGCUUGCUUCCUUUCUUUACUGAUAAAAAGCAAGCUUUUUGCCGUAUUUUUUCCCAAUAUCAUCUGUAAAUAGUCUCGUUUUUAUAACAUUCAUUUUUUGACAUUUGUCUUGUUUCAUGUGCAAACUCUUUGUUUUGAAACAAAGAGGAAUUCUUUGAGAACAAAGAGAUUGUUCCCAUUUUGCUCUGGUUUUUAUGAUUAAUUCAUUCUCGACCUGAGCAUCUUACACGGAUGACUCAUAAACAAUAUACCCUCUAGUUUGAUCUCAUUGUUAUCAGAAUGAUGUUGCUUUUUCUUAGGAAGAUCUGUGAUGUUGCUGCUUUACAAUGAGAAUCUUUCAUGACCAUUAAAUAAUACAUUUUCGUUGUCAUAAAGGACCAUGAAUUUCUCCUAGGCGAUUACACACUUUUGGAAUUCGAUGUCAGAAUUUAAAUGGCCUAAGGCAUCGCACAAAUACUUAGGAUCUCAGAACAUGUUUCCUAGGAUUCUUUUACAGUUGUCCAUCUCUUAAUGGCAGUUAAGGUUAGGGCAGCAGGGUGUAUCACACUCUUCUAUGCUAAGGUUUGAUCCACCGAAAUUCAUUAUUUUUACAGGCAAACUACUUGAAUUUAGAAUAGAAGAUUAGAUUUGAAUCUUACUGUUAGAACUGAAGAAGAUCUUGUUCAGUGUACUGUAUAUUCUUUUUUAACAAAUAUAGAAGGGUUGAAAUA